UGGUUAGUUUGCACCAGGCCCCAGUUUGAAAUAGCGCGCGCGGUGGACACCACGUACGUUACAAAUUCAGUGUGAAAAAAGUCAAGCAGUCCAUAAAUCAUGGCUAACAUAGUGGAUUUGUCUACCGAGGAUAAACUCGAAUACCACUUCUUCCCGGUAUCGAGCGGCUCCGUGUCGUUCAAAGUCAGGACCCCCAAUGAUGCCCACAUCGCCCUUACCAUGGGACCUCAACCAAGCGAUCCAAUGAUUGAGAUUUUCCUUGGAGGUUGGGGUAACACAAAGAGCGUGAUCAGGAAGAACAGAACCAAACCCGACAAAGUUGAAAUUGAGACUCCUAACAUCUUGAAUGGCGGCGAAUUCCGUGGCUUCUGGGUCCGUUGGGACAGUGGUAUCAUCUCCGCUGGCCGGGAAGGCGAAGCCAUUCCCUUCCUCUCAUGGGCGGACCCUGAACCAUUCCCAAUUGCCUUCUUCGGUGUGUGCACCGGUUGGGGUGCAACCGGCUCCUGGAAAAUCGAAGAUGGGGCUGAAUUCAAUACUCCGGACCAGUUAGAGUAUAGAUUCGGACCCGUCCUCUCGGGUUCUCUGAGAUUUGAAUAUCGCGGUCCCCACAACUGCCAUGUAGCUUUGACGCCAGCACCUGCUGAAGUGGACCCUAUGUAUGAAAUCAUGCUUGGUGGUUGGGAAAAUACCAAGUCGGUUAUUAGAUACUGCAGGCAGAAACCUGAUAAGGUUGAGGUCCCGACUCCAGGAAUUAUGAAUCCUAACCAAUUCAGGCAAUUCUUAAUCGAAUGGAAAUGUGGCAGAGUGAUUGUUCGCGACGGCGAGUCCGGCAUGGUUAUCAUGGAGUGGGUAGACCCCUCACCAUUCGGCAUCACCCACUUUGGUGUGCGCACUGGUUGGGGUGCCCGUGGACAGUGGCGUAUUACCCAUUUCGGCAAUGCCCACGCACAGCCUCUUCCCCCAUCGGCGCCAGUGGCUGCACCCCUGUACGCUGCACCCCCCGGCUACCCUGGUGCUAUGGGAGGCUUCAGUGCCCCAGUAAUGGCUGGACCGGGCAACUGGGUUGAUGCCAGUGCUGGUCAAAUUCCCCCUGGUGCCGUCGUCGGUGGACAGGACUGCAGUGGCGAGCCUCUCUACGUCGCCAGGGCACAGCACGAAGGAGCUCUCAUCCCCGGAAAGCUUUGCGCUUCACACGGUUGUGCGUACGUUCCAUGGGGCGGUUUGGAACACGGCAAACCUCAGUACCAGGUGCUGGUUGGCGGCCCCAACAACUGGGUGCGCACUAACGGCUCGAACGUGCCUCCCAACGCGUUCCCCGGCGGUCAGUCUGAAGAUGGCGAGCCCCUGUUCGUGGGCCGCGUGAACCACGAGGGCAGCCUCACCACCGGCAAGGUGCAGCAGUCGCACGGAGUGUGCUACAUCUCCUUCGCUGGACAAGAGCUCGGCUUCCCCGACUACGAAAUCCUCAUGCACUAGAUUAUACCACCAGUAAUUAUUUAAGAAUCUCAGGAUCUGUCCGUACUGUGUAACUUAGGAAUACUGCUUCCACACCUAUACGAGCAAUUAAACGGUGCAUUGAAAUUGUGCCUAGAAAUAAAAAGUCAUGUCACGCUGUGCCUGUUCGUACGUUAUAUGUUAAUUGUUGUAAUGCACUGCAUAAUAUUAUUCGUUUAAAGUUAUUGUGUUAUGAAACGCAUAAAUGACGGUAACUAUAAUAUUUUUGUUAAAUUAUUAUAAAGUAUUUACCAAUUAA